AUGACAAGACCCUGGAAAACCAGAUGGAAGAGAAAUCCCCCGUCCAAAACCAAGCCUGUAACGAUUUCACGCCAUGCCCACCUUGAUCUCCCUCCCCUUGACGCUCCUCCACUCGAUGGCGAGGCUUCCAAACACGCUCGCCGCCGCCAGGCACGCACUCAUCAGGAGGGUCUUGGUCAACGCGUCGCUGUAGCUCCUGAUGACCCGGGGCAAGAGUUCUUUGGGUAUCGCGGUGCGGAGGUCGGUGGCCCCCGCGGUGAAGAUGAUUUUUGGGUCCAAGCUCGGGAACAUGGUCUGGAGGUAGGCGACCAGCUUGUUGACAAAGAUGCUCUCGGCGAUGGAGACGAACAGGGCGCCGCCCAGACUCUGCACAAAGACGAUGACGGCGGUGCCCAUGGGCACGUCCUCGAGGUCGAGCACGGCCUGCACGGCGAUGAUGGGCUGCUGCAUGCCGAAGCCCACGCCGGCGCCGGCAAUGACCUGGUAUCCGAUCCAGAUGGCCUGUUUCGUGCGCGGGUUCCACGUGGACAGCAGCCCGAAGCCGACCGACAUGACCACGGUGGAGAUCCAGAGGAAAGGCGUGUAGUAGCCCCAGACGGUGACAACCACUCCGGAGAUGAGCGACGCGGCCACGAGGGCCAGCAGGAACGGCAAGAUCCGGAUGCCCGACUCGACGGCCGACACGCCCUGCACGGCCUGGAACCAGAUGGGGAUGAAGUAGCUGGAGCUGACGAAGGCGGCGCCCCCGGUGAAGGCGUAAAACGCCGCCGCCCAGACGGUGCGCUUCUUGAUGAUGCGCGGCGGCACCGUGGCCUGCUCGUCCUGCCACCACUGCAGGACCAACCAGACGCCGAAGAGGACGCCGAACAGGGACAGGAGCGCGAUGAUGCGCACGUCGCCCCACGGGGACACGAUGGCGGGCAUGAAGACGACGGUGCCGACCGGGUCGAACUGCUUCGCGCGGGUCCACCACGAAGGGCGCGCGUCGUGUGGUUGCAGCAGCUGCUGCCGGGUCCGCCGAGAGCCGUGGUCGGGCUCGCGGAACCAGAACGCGAUGGCGGCGACGCUGAGCACGCCAAACGGCAGGUUGAUGUAGAAGCACCAGCGCCAGGUGGCCUUGUCGGUAAAGACGCCGCCGAGCAGCGGGCCCGCCACGACGGCGAUGCCGUACAUGGAGCCCAGGAUCCCGGUGAAGAGCGGCCGGCGGACCAUGGGGACCGAGUGCGCGAGGAUGAUGAGAGAGCCGGAGAAGAGCCCCGCGGACCCGACGCCGGCGAUGGCGCGCCCGAGGAUCAGGAGGAGGGAAGACCUCGCGGCGCCGCAGAGCAGGGACCCCAGCUCAAACAGGCCGAUGGCCGUGAAGUAGAUCCAUUUUAUACUGUAAUGACUGUACAGCUUCCCGAAGAAGAGCUGCAAGGCCGAGACGGUCAGGAGGGCGCUCCGUCUUCGCGUAUCGAGUCAUUCUCGUGUGCGGUCGAGCUUGCGCUGAUCACAUCUUCGUCGUCAUUCUUCUCCGUAUUCCCGUCGGCCUCCACUGCAGCCGCCGCCGCCGACGUCGACGGUGAGCCCUCUUCCGAAGCUCGCUCCCUGGCAUCGAAGAAGGAAUCAUGA